AGCGAGCAAGUACUUCGUUCAAAAUCAUUUGACGCAAUACAGUAAAAUAGAGGUAGUGGUGUUUUCCUGCAAACAAGGUGUAAAAUAAAUUAUGGAUAGAAUUUAUGAAGACAAUAAUAAUAAUGUCUCGGCUAUAUUCUUCGAUUUAGACAAUACUUUAAUCCAAACUAGGAAAGGAGACAGUAAAGCUUGCAGUAAGCUCGUGGAGAUUCUAGAACAUCGUUAUGGUCUAUCCCACGAAAUUGCAGCGGAAAGUGCUUCAGCUUUCUUGCGUGCAUUUAGAGCUAAGCCAGAUGAUGAGUCCUACGCUAUAGACGAGUGGCCCACGCACCUAUGGCGAAACUCCUUGCCGAAGAAUUAUAGGCAUAUUGCCAAAAAUAUAUCGACUGAAUGGAUAAAAUUAAGGUUUAAGUACUUAGCAUUGACGCCAGAUGUGAUACAUCUUUUAGAAACUCUAAGGGAGGAUUAUCUACUCGGUUUGAUCACGAACGGGCCAUCGCGCGCUCAGUGGCAGAAGAUUGAGCGGUUGGGACUACGCAAAUACUUCGACUGCGUGCUGGUCUCCGGGGACUUGCCGUGGGAGAAGCCUGACCAGAACAUCUUCUUCGAAGCCUGCAAGCUUCUCGACGUUGAAGCCAGCACAUGCAUCAUGGUUGGAGACAAGUUGGAAACUGACAUAAAGGGUGGCAAAGAAGCAGAAUUAGGUGGCACGGUAUGGAUUCCGUUACAAUAUGACGAAAUGGAAUCCGAUCUACCCGAUUUCAAAAUACAGAAAGUGACAGAGCUACCAGAAGUUCUACCAAAUUCACCAAAGCUCAAGAAGAGGCCAUCAAAGCCAUCUGUUUGUUGAUGGUAUGAAAAAUUAGACAGGCUAAUGUUUUUUUAGUAGUGACACAUUAGAGGGAUAAAAAUUUGGUACUAGUUAUAUUAAAACCUACAACAUAAUUAGCCCUUCCGAAUCAACACAUCAAUUAGCCUGACCUUGCCUAUAAUAGUUGUGAUAUACUGCAUAAUAAUACAUAUAAUAGCUUAGAUGAUU